GUGUAGUGGACAAUAGAGGCUACACAGAGUGAAAAUAUCUUAACACACAAACAACUGUGUAACAACUGUGUGUAACACAAUGUAGCAUUACAUUCAACACACCAUGAUACGUCUUUACCAUGGUAUUUGGAUUGCAAUCAUCACUGCAGCAGUCACAGUGUAUAACAUUAAUUUAUUCAAGCAACCCUAAAAUCUCGCGGUGCUACCAUUCAGACAUUUUGCAUUUCACUAAAUCUGGUCUUGGGGAACAUUUCCAUUAAAAAUACACUAUAUAUAUACCGCACAGAAACAGGCUGUUUUAGUCGUUUGAACGAGGAUUAGUUUUUCUCCGGAUGUGAGGCGGUUGGACCGAGCCUCGCGUGCUAAUCCCGCGGAGUUUAGACGGUCUCUCACGGGGGCUCUCUAGCCGUAUUGUGCGUCAUCUCCAUCGCUCGCUGCCGUUUUGUUAUUUUUCUCCAUUGAGGAAACAUGGCAACUCCCGCCGCUGUCAACCCGUCCGAGAUGGGCAGUGAGUUGCCAGGGACAGUAGCCAUGCCUGGGGCCGUUGGAGCCAGUCAGGUGAGGAUGGGCGGGACUGUGCCAGGCCGCGGGGGCAAGAGGAGAUCAGGAGGAAUGGACUUUGACGACGAAGACGGAGAGGGACCUAGCAAAUUUUCAAGGUAUGAUGAUGAUGAUCAGAUUCCUGGUGGGGGAAAGGAGAGAUACGCCAGAGAGAACCACAGUGAGAUUGAGCGACGCCGGCGCAACAAAAUGACCCAGUACAUCACCGAGCUGUCGGACAUGGUCCCUACCUGCAGCGCGCUGGCCCGGAAACCGGAUAAACUGACCAUCCUGCGUAUGGCUGUCUCCCAUAUGAAAUCCAUGAGGGGCACCGGCAACACGUCUACCGAUGGCGCCUACAAGCCCUCCUUUCUCACUGAACAGGAACUGAAGCAUCUGAUCCUGGAGGCGGCGGACGGCUUCCUGUUUGUGGUUGCUGCGGAGACGGGACGGGUGAUCUACGUGUCGGACUCGGUGACGCCGGUGCUGAACCAUCCCCAGUCGGAGUGGUUUGGCAGCACUCUGUAUGAACAGGUCCACCCCGACGACGUGGACAAGCUUAGGGAACAGCUCAGUACUUCAGAAAACUCCAUGACAGGACGGAUUCUGGACCUGAAGACAGGAACAGUGAAGAAGGAGGGACAGCAGUCCUCCAUGAGGAUGUGCAUGGGGUCCCGGCGCUCCUUCAUCUGCCGCAUGAGGUGCGGUAGUGCUCCUCUGGAUCACAUCUCCCUAAACCGUCUGUCUUCCAUGAGGAAGAGAUACAGGAAUGGCCUUGGACCCUCAAAAGAAGGAGAGGCUCAGUACUCUGUGGUGCAUUGCACUGGCUACAUCAAAGCAUGGCCUCCUGCAGGUAUGACUAUACCAGAAGAAGACACAGAGGCGGGUCAGACUGGAAAAUACUGCCUGGUGGCCAUUGGAAGACUGCAGGUGACCAGCUCUCCAGUCUCUAUGGACAUGAACGGCCUGUCAGUGCCUACAGAGUUCCUGUCACGUCACAACUCGGAUGGUGUCAUCACUUUCGUCGACCCGCGCUGCAUCAACGUCAUUGGUUACCAGCCUCAGGACUUGCUGGGGAAAGAUAUCCUGGAGUUCUGCCAUCCCGAGGACCAGAGUCACCUGAGGGAAAGUUUCCAACAGGUGUUGAAGUUGAAGGGUCAGGUUCUGUCUGUGAUGUACCGUUUCCGCAUGAAGAACAGGGAGUGGAUGCUGAUCCGAACCAGCAGCUUCACCUUCCAGAACCCAUACUCUGAUGAGAUAGAGUACAUCAUCUGCACCAACACCAACGUCAAGCAGCUACAGCAGCAGCAGCAGGCAGAGCUGGAGGUUCACCAGAGGGAUGGACUGACUGCCUACGAUCUUUCCCAGGUGCCUGUGGCCAGCGUCAGCAGCGGAGUCCAUGAGGCUGGGAAGAACAUCGACAAGACAGAAAUCCUGUUCUCCCAGGAGAGAGACCCACGCUUUGCUGAGAUGUACACUGGCAUCUCUGGCUCGGGAGAUAAGAAGAUGAUGGUUCCCUCCUCUACAGCUGGAGGCCAGCAGCUCUACUCACAGAGCUCUCCCUUCCAGCAGGGACAUGCUGGCAAAAGCUUCAGUUCCUCUGUGAUCCAUGUCCCCGGUGUGAACGACAUCCAGCCAUCAGGCUCAUCCAAUCAGAAUCUAGCUCAGAUCUCCAGACAGCUCAAUCCCGGCCAGGUGGCAUGGUCAGGCAACCGACCCCCCUUCUCUGGACAGCCCAGUAAAGCCCAGUCCAGUCCCUUUGGUAUUGGUUCUGGCCACAGCUACCAGACGGACCCGGCCUCUUACAGUCCCCUGUCAUCCCCGGCCACUUCCUCCCCCAGCGGCAACGCCUACUCAGGACUGACAAACCGCAGCACAGCUUUUGAUGUGUCGGGGGAGAGCAGUCAGAGUGGAGCCCAGUUCCAGGGGCGUCCCAGUGAGGUCUGGUCCCAGUGGCAGAACCAGCAUCACUCACAGCAGGCCGGGGAACAGCACACACACCCCAACCCCAGCCAGACAGAAGUCUUCCAGGACAUGUUACCGAUGGCCGGCGAUCCUACCCAGGGAACAGCCAACUACAACAUUGAGGACUUUGCUGACCUCGGCAUGUUCCCACCCUUCUCUGAGUAAAGAAAAAAAAACCUUUUCUCCAUCACUCUCCCUCUCAGAACUGGACUGAUGUUUGCAUUCAUCUGUCAUGUUGUUUCAUUUUUCUAAUAUUGCUGGAUCGCCAACACACGACUGAUGUGAUGUCUGUCUACACGUGUCAUACACAACACACAGUUCACUCACCGUUUGGGCUCCGCGGCCUGCAGUAUUUAUCUGUGAACUUACACAUACCUCAUCUUUGUAAAGAGGAACCCUGCUGACAGAUGGAAGGCACACCAAUCAACCUGGAUCAGCUCUCUGACUGUGAUCACAACGAUACACACAUCGUCUCGAGCUCUUAGAACAAACGGGGCGGUCUGGGACAUUCAGGUUGCUGAAAUUGUUCCCUGCAUUCAGCGCCAGCAUGACCAGAGGAGGGCAGUCACGUGAUUGUAGCUCUUUUGAUUCUGAUGAAACACUAGUCAUCUAAUAAAGUUUGUUGCCUCAUGGCCGUGUGCUCCAGAAUACUUUGGACCAAAUCUCUGAAGUCUUUCCUGACCAGAUUGCCGUUCUCUGAGCGCACCGGACAGGUUUUUGCAAUUCUCUGUGAGGCGGUUGAAGUGUGUUAAACCUCUUCUUUCAUGUGAUUAUAGCUGUAUUUGUCAGAGACUAGUAUCAGUAUUAUUAUCCAAGAUUUUACACUUCCUCUCCCUAAAAAUGUCCACAUGGUAGAGCUAUGGCAAUAUGGAACAAAUCCGAUAUCAAGAAAAAAAAAAAAAAUCCAUUUUAACCUGACGAGCAAAGGAAACAAAUAUAAAGAUCCAGGUUCAGUGACAGUUGUUUUUUUUUUGUACAGUCUGAUGGGUUAGCUCAUAUUGACAAAGUCUCUCUCACUAACCCUUUUAACAAAUAGGUUGAUAUUGCGGCGAUAUUGUAGGGUUGACUAUCGAUCACUAUUGCAGCCUUUAAAACCAGGAAAAGACAACACUUGCGUCACGAUAUCCGAAAUCUAAGACGAUAUCUAGUCUCAUAUAUCGAUGUCAAAUUGGCACCAUUUUUUGUCAGCGGUUCAUGUCUGUAAGUAAAUUUAGGACUAUGCCAAUUGCACAUACACUACACCCGAUGUUCCGUACACUUACUGUCUUUCAGCGCACCUCAGCACUGCUCUGUUGUUGAAUGCAAGUUCUCCGGGGGAAUAUCCAUUGAUUGGUUUACACUUUGACUGAUGUCUUUUGGACCAAUGGUUUUGGAGAAAAGUGGGGGAAAGUAACGCCUCCGCCUUCAACGCGAAGUCCAAAGGCACAAUGGUGUUCCAUACAGAGCGUAUCAACGGCGCAAAUUGUUUGAUCUGUUAAAUAAUGAAAAUUCAAAGGGUUGAAAUAGUCCAUCCAUCCAUCUACGUCCGCAUCUUCGAGCAGAGGAGAUGCUGCCGCGUCUUUAAUAAUUAAGCCCCGGCACCGUUUAAUAAUGGUUUACGGUAGGCCCACACAGAAAUGUGCACAAAAAAUAUUAGGCUGAUGGGUCUAGUAGUAGGCUAUGCAAGAUCAGCUGUGGACAGGCAAUCAAGUUACUUAAUUAAAAGAAAAUAAUGCGUUAGACAACUAGUUACUGCCUAGUUGCUUUAACACGUUUGUCUCUACACUUAUCAGUCAUUCUGCUGUCAACGACAAAGGGACAUGCUCUGUCAAGCUGGGUUAAAGCUAGGUUUAUGGUCGCUGCGGUGUUCACAGCGUGAGGUGCGCAAGCCACAAAAUGACGUCUCCGCAAGUUGUCGUGGCGCGUGGUCGUGCACCUCUGAACGUUUCAGGCGGUGAGCUACAGGGCGACUGCUCCUCAACUGCUGCAGAGCAUUAACAGUUAGUACAGUCCAUGUCAUCUUAAGGUACUAGCCCAGAGAGUCUCUGCUGCAGCCGGUCUGCUCCGGAUCAAGUUGUUUCAUGCAGGCCUUUUUGAUAGGAUUAGUUAAGCUAAUGUUGUUGGACGACUGAAACACGCUGCAGUGAAUUUGACCUAAAUUGUAAUAUCUUGAUUUUACAGUAAUACGUUAUUAUAUCAUUUAACAUGUCACUCUUAGUGAUGGUGUUGGUGGGAGAGCUGACACUGAGUUCAGCUGCACGAUAUCUUCACAUUUGAUUUAACAGUAAAAAGUUUCACCAUGGUAAUAAAUCAUGACUUAUCGGUUGAGGAAUUCAGACUUGUUCUACUCCAGAAAGGUUGGCCAAAGGUUUCAGAGUUCUGAUUGUGACUGGGUGGAGGAAAAAAAAACAUUACAAAACAUUGGCUUACUCUGUGCACAUUAAAAACUGAAAUAGCUUCUUUUUUUUGUUUUUAAGAUGUUGAGGAGAGGUUCGACACCAUGCCUAUAGAGCGUGUGAGAGUGAGCAGCUGUGAUCUCAUCACAGUCUCAACAUCCCAUACAGCAAACGGUUUCUGUAAAUAUGUGGCAUCGCCAGUUCCCUUUACUUCCCAGCAUGAUUAUGUUGUAGUGUGAGCACACAGGGUAAUACACAGUUGCCUGGUUCACAGCCAACGAUGUGGCAAUACAAUCCAGUCUCACGGCAGUUCGUGAAAUGGUCACGUAAUCUAAUCUGUUGAUUUGUGUACACAGACACGAAAGGGGUG